AAAUGUCGGUAGUCGCCCGAGUGGCGCUUGUUGAUCGGUCUGUCAUCAAUUACACCACUGUAUACCAGAGAUCUCGGUAUAAAGGUAAAAGCAUAUGUAUGUUAAUACAAGUACAUGUAUUGUUUGUAUCAAAAUUGCCGCGAUGUGCCGCAUAACAGAUAUAUAUACACGUGCCGGUACGUAGUGUGUGCACACUCCUGUUUGUAAAUGUGCGAUAUUAUCACGCACCGACAACACUGGAUGUUCCCCGCCGCCUGGCUGUAGUCUUGUGUAUACUACUAGAAUCAUCGGCUUUGCGAACUUCUCAACAACUCAUCUUCAAAACUGUCUAUUGCGCACAUGCAUACCGUGUGGUUUCUACUGUGUGUUGGGACCAUCACGCGAACAGUGGAUGGUUGUUUUUGGUAGACUUCAUACAGGCAAUACUUCAGAGAUGGACACUCCGAAACAGUCAAACGGAGUGACCAAAGUCACCAAAGCAAGCAGAUUCGCCAACAAACGGAAACAGAAGCGGGUCCAGCGACACCGUUCCGAUGGAUUUGUUGUGGGAUUAGACCUAGGGAACUCCGAGGAUGAGAGUUCCCCGGACAGGGGGGCCGGGAGCGGGGACGCUGUUAACUUUCUUUUAUGGAUCCGGAACCCGACAAUCGCCAACCUGGCCAAAUUACGACGGUGCAUCAAACGAAAUGACCGGGACUGGAUGUCGGAGUUCCUGGAGUUUGACGGUCUCGGGUUCCUGUUUCAGUGCCUGAAGAAACUCGGCGAGAUUGGCGGGACUCACCUCUCGGACAUGGUCCUAAGGAUGGAAUGUAUUAUGUGUAUCAGGGAGGUGGUCAACUCCCAAAGUGGACUAGACUGUCUCCUAACUCUCAAGGGCCGUAAUGAUAAUCUGUUCGGCAGGAGGUUCGCUUCCGCGCUGGAGACGAAGAACCUGAUGGUGAAAAUGCAGGUGUUUGAAUUGUUGUCGGCCCUGUGUGUGUACUCUACAGACGGUUACUACCUCACACUCGACGCUCUCGAGAACUAUAAGAUAUUCAAGAAACUGCAGUACCGCUUCAGCCUCCUUGUUAACGAGUUACGGACAUCCGACUUGACUACCUACAAGACGACCAUCAUGGCGCUCAUCAACUCCGUCAUCGUGGCCAAUGAGAGACUCCAGGAGAGACAACGAAUCAGGAAUGAGUUUGUAUAUCUUGGAAUCAUCAGCACCAUCUCGAACCUGCGCGUUGAGGACGACCCCGAACUUAACUUACAGUGUGACGUAUUUGAUGAGGAGUGCGGCGCAGAUGAGGAAGCGAUGGAGGAAAUGCGGGAGGCGGGGAACGUGAACAUCAGCGACCCCGAGGCCUUAUUUAAAGCAGUCUAUUCAAGGGUACGGGACACGCCUAUUAGCUCGUCCUUACUUGGGAUCCUCUAUAACAUGUUCCAGAUCGAAAGUAACACGACCCAAAGCGAGGGUACAUGGUGUUUCUUGGAGCGAUUGACACAAGAUGUUCUUACAGCCAAGACCGAACAUGAAAAACUGAAGUUGAGGAAUGCGUCAAAGAUAAACCUCCAACCGACGUCGGACAAACGAAUUCAGACAGACGAAGUGCAAUGUAGUCCCAAAACGUCACGUCACAUCGGCAGGGGAAACCCAUUGUCCACAGAGGCAUACCAGAGCGUGACGGAAGUACUAAAUGCGAAAACAGCCACCCUCCCAAACAGUUCAACGUGUACCGUUACACUAGCCAAGCCGUCCGUCACGGUGACACCUCCCCAAGCUCCGCCUCCACCGCCUUUAACUGGAGGACCGCCACCGCCUCCACCACCACCACCCCCUCUUCCCCCUGGAAGUGGAGUUCCGCCUCCGCCCCCACCACCUCCUGCACCAGGCUGCCCUGCCCCGCCACCUCCCCCACCACCUCCUGGCGGAGGUCCACCACCACCACCACCCCCUCCUGGUGGAGGUCCCCCACCUCCUCCUGGAGCGCCCCCUCCCCCUGGAUCACAAUCCCCGGGACUGGGAUACGCCGUCGUCCCUCAAGUGCCACUACCCCCGACGAUAUCGACACCAGAACCUAAAUGCAAGAUGAAACAGCUCAUGUGGAGCAAGAUACCAAACACGGCCUUUAAUGAUGAAAGUGUGUGGGGUGACGUCAACAAGAUGUCGGACAACAUACCUGUACAGUAUAAGAGGUUAGAAGAGAUGUUUGCUCAGAAAUCCCUACCUACAGUGUCUGAACUGCGGCCAGACUCUGGAAAGACUCCGUUGGUACGGAGACAUUCCGGUGCAUCAGAGGGUGAUACAGUGACUGCAAAUGGGGAGAUUCCCGGAGGUAACACGAAGAAGAUCGCCCUCCUUGACCCGAAAAAGAGCAUGAACGUGAAUAUAUUCCUGAAGCAGUUCCGGAAACCCAUAGAGGUUGUCGUAGAACUCGUCAAAAUGGGCGACAGUCGGGCGUUCGGUGUGGAGAAACUGAAAAGUCUACUUAAGAUCCUCCCCGGUCAUGACGAGGUGGAGAUGCUUCAAAACUUUGACGGAGAUUACAAACGUCUGGGUGAAGCAGAGAAGUUCUUUUCCCACCUUAUCAAACUGGCAUCCUACAAAGUACGAGUGGAGGGGAUGAUACUGAAAGGAGACUUUAACGCCCAGCUCGGAUCUAUCCGUCCGAACGUCACCACGCUCAACACGGCCUGUCGACGUCUGUUCGACAACGCCUCUCUCAAAACAGUUCUCCGUUACGUCCUUCACGCCGGCAACUUUAUAAACAAAGGUAGUGGAUCAGGCAAUGCUUUAGGAUUUAGAGUCAGUUCUCUCAACAAGAUUGCCUCCACAAAGUCCAACAUAGCGCGGCUCUCGCUGCUCCACCUAGUGGUGGAGGAAAUGGAGACUAAGGACGAUCACUCUCUAGACUUCGUGGACGAUCUACUGGACGUGCUACAGAAGGCUGCCAGGUUCACACUUGAAAGCACGGUUAAUGAGUUCUCCCAGCUGAAGAGGAGCGUGUUAGACUUACAGAAACAGAUGGACAACGUGGAGAAGGAAGUAAAGGACCAGUUCUCCGAGUUCCUCGAGGAUGCGGAGGCGGAUCUGGAAGACGUGGACGAAGGAAUAGAACGGAUACGCAAACUUUCUACGCGGUUAGCAAAGCAUUAUUGUGAGAACGAACGGACAUUCAAGCUAGACGAGUUUCUAGAUACAUUCCGAGAUUUUUGUGAAAAAAUCAAAGCUUGUCAGCAGGAACUUCAGUCUAAGAAACAGGAGGCAGAAUCGGCGGAAAAGAGGAAGAAAGUGAAGGAGGAUAUCCAAGAACGCCGUAAAAAUACCCUGUCUCCUUUCGGACACACCCAGGAUCGUAAGAUCGUGGACAACAUCGUCAGUGAGAUACGGAACGGGCAAGUUUUACGGAGACUUUCACUUCGUAAAAAGAAUGCCGAUUACUCCACCGCCAGAUCCGGUGGAAAGUGACCAAUGAGGAAGGGCGUUACAUCUCCAUAGACUGUGAUAACCUCGGUGACAAAUAUCUGAUGUUCUUCAACUUGGAAAGUCGCACGUGCAGACAGCCAUUUAUAUGCUCCAGUUGUUUAUAAACUUGAUCCAGUGCCUUCGUGUCUGAUAUGUCUCUAGCCAAGCCACGUGAAAGCGCGAGCUUGUGAAAUGCUAUCCAUUUAGUAUACAAUCAAAACCUAUCAUGAAAAUAACCUUAACGCCGUGUGUCUGACACAUUAUACUGUAGGAUCAGGGCCAACGUCUCUAGUCCAUCAACAAGUCGGUGUGAUUAUUGUGUUAUAUUUAUUGUGAAUAAAUUGCUGAUAUAUAUAGAUAUUUAAUAUAUCUUACAUAG